AUGCAGAGAAUACGCCUGGGAACGCGUGGACCUGCGUGGUCGCAAAAGUUCAACACAGCCUCAACAAACACGGUCUGUGAUCGGACAGGCGCUUGGACCGCGCUCAAGCCGCUCUUAAAUGGUCUUGAAGCUGCUGGUGCUGACGGUGGUGUCUGUGCUGUCGAGAAUGGUGGGAGCGCUGGUGCUCGUGGCUUUGCCGCGGGGGCAAGCCGAGACGUCUGUGGUAGAACUGAAAGCGGUGAUUUCGCUGGGCUCAUUCCACCCACCCAGCUAUGCUUCGUCAUCUGGUGCGCGUUGGAAGCCAAGACCCUCCAAGACCCUCUAAGAACACCGCAAUGA